CUAGGCUCACGAUGUUUUCUCUAGUAUUAUUGGUUGUUACACCAUGGCUUGUAUUUUGUAUGCCACCACCACCACCAGCUAUGUGUACAUGUUCUGAUGGUACUCAAGUACCACCUGGAGGAACACAUUCAAUAUCAGACUGCCAUAGUUGUUAUUGUGAUGAAAAUAAUUCAGAAGCCCAAGAAAUUAUAGCUGCCUGUUUAAUAGUGCUAUGUGUUGAUUCUGUAAAAAUGCCAGGACAAUGUUGUCCUACCUGCCCAAAUGGGGAAAACUGUCAAGCUGAAUAUAUAGAUUUUACUGGAGUACCACGACAAGAAAUUAUUUCUGUCAGUGACGGGGUAGUUGAUUUUGGUGCUGCUCAAUGUCAAUGCGAGAAUCAGAAUUAUUACGGAGCCGACCAACCAUUAGCAACUUGUGUACAAAGCCUACCCACACCGCCCACUACACCACCAACCACACCACCAACCACAACCCCCACUACACCAACAACCACAACAACACCACCAACCACAACAACACCACCCACUACACCACCAGCUAUGUGUACAUGUUCUGAUGGAACUCAAGUACCACCUGGAGAAACUGUUUGGAUAACAGACUGUCGCGGAUGUACUUGUGAUAAGGAUAGUUUACAAGCCUAUGAAAUCAUCGCUGAUUGUUUUAUGACACCAUGUGUAGAUUCUGUAAACGUACCAGGUCAAUGUUGUCCUAACUGUCCAAAUGGAGAGAACUGUCGAGCUGAAUUUAAAGAUGAUAAUGGUGUUGAAAGAAGUGAAAUUAUCAAAGUUAGUGAUGGUGUAGUCAAGUUCAACUCAACUGAAUGUCAAUGCGACUAUCAAAAUUACAAUGGAGAACCAAAAGCAAAGUGUGUACAAGUAUUGAGUAUUGAGCCGGUAAUUGCAGAAAAAUCAACUCCGUAAUUUGCUUUAAUAAAUGUAUAAGUAAAACUGUUUC